AUGAAGCUCAAGGACAUCUCCCGCACAGCCACCUUCGCCUGGGACGCCAACUCUUCCAACACCCCCCUCCUCGCCACCGCCGCAGUCGCAGGCGCGCUCGACGAGAACUUCAGCAACGAGUCCAAGCUCGAAAUCUGGCAGCCCGACUUUGACAACGUCAACCACCUCAAACUCGCAGACAAGGCCCCUCUCGGAAGCAUCACCGUCAACAGUCGUUUCAAUCGCCUGAGAUGGUCAGCGCCCUUUGGUUCAUAUCAGCUGGGCCUGCUCGCAGCGGGAAUGGAGACUGGUGAAGUGAGCGUGUACGACCCCUCAAAGAUCAUUGCUGGCGCCAGCGCGGACGAGGCGCGCAUCUUGAAGAGUGAAAAGCACGCUGGGGCGGUGGGAGGUCUUGACUGGAACCCCAUACAGAAGAACCUUUUGUUGACUGGCGGAAUCAAUGCUCAAAUCUACAUCUUUGACCUCAACGACAUUGCCAAAGAACCCAUCACUCCUGGCCCCGUCUCCACCAAGUUGGGCGAGAUCACCUCGGUGCAGUGGAAUCCCACUGUUGCUCGCGUCUUUGCCGCGUCUUCAUCUUCUGGAUUUGCAUCCGUGUGGGAUGUGAAAGCACAAAAGGAGAUUGUUAGCCUGCAGUAUGGUGGUGGUGCUGCCAAGGGUAUGGAGACUGUUGGUGGAAUUGCUGGAUUGCAGAUGGGCAAGCGAAGGGGUAUGAGUGAUGUCGUCUGGCACCCUGAGAAUCCUACGCGCCUCAUCACUUCUUCUGAAGACGACGAGUCCCCAAUUAUCAUGCUUUGGGAUCUGCGAAACACUCGUGCGCCCGAAAAGAUCCUCAGCGGACACCAAAAGGGUGUCCUCUCUCUCUCUUGGUGUAAACAAGAUGCCGACCUCCUUCUGUCUUGUGGUAAAGACAACCGCACCCUGUGUUGGAAUCCCGAGUCUGGUGAGGUCAUUGGCGAACUUCCAGUCAGUAACGAUUGGACUUUCCAAACAUCCUGGUGUCCUCGUAAUCCCGACCUCCUCGCUACCGCGUCCUUUGAUGGUCAUAUCGGUAUCCACUCUUUGCAAACUACUAGCGAGCCUCAGCCGAUUACCCAGCAGCUCGAAGAGGGCGCUACGCCCGACGACAUCUUUGGGGCUCUGAGUAACCAGCAGCCUUCCAGCGAGUGUUCGAAUGUCUUGUCAUUGAAGCAAGCCCCAAAAUGGCUCCGUCGACCCGUUUCUGCCACGUUCGGCUUUGGCGGUCUUCUUACGACGACCUCCAACCUCUCGGGGGCCAAUGGGAAGCACCAGUCUGGUGUUGUCCAUCUCCGAACCAUCACCACCGAACAAGCCGUGCUGGAUCGCGCCGAGGCUCUUGACAAGACUAGUGGCGAAACAGAGAAACUCGCCGAAUUCUGCUCAACCAGGGCCAGCGGGCAAGACGAGGCUUGGAAAGCACUCCAGACUCUGUUCAAGGCCAACUCGCGGGACGAGCUCAUCCAGCUGCUCGGAUUCUCCAAGGAGGAAGUGGCCAAGAAGGUGGAAGAGGCUGUAGCCAAAUUCCCCAAUGCCGUCACACUCUCAAAGCCCAAGGAAGAGCCCGUCCCUCCUGUGAUCUCGGUCGAAGAGGAUGGCAAGACGCCGACUGCCGAAAAGACCGAGAGCGAGCUCCUCGACGACGCAAGCGUCAAAUCAGAAGCUGGUGUCGAGAGUCAAAAGGCUGAAGAAAAAUCUGAAUCGGGCUUCUUCAACGAUGAGGCUGGCCCUGGCACACCUGCUGCUGCUGCCGCUGCCGACUUUUUCUCCUCCAUGGCUUCUGGCUCUCUGCGAAACCCCCAACUUGACAACAUUGUUCCCCACAAGUCUGUGACUGUCGACUCUUCCGUUGCUGCAACGGUUGGUAGCCGACCGUCUUCUGUCAGGGAUGAGAUUGUCAAUACCGAGAACACGUUUGAGAUCUACCCCGAAGGCGAGAGUGACGUUGAUAAACUCGUCACUCAGGCUUUGGUCGUCGGUGAUUUCAAGUCUGCCGUCGACUUGUGUCUUGCCUCUGAACGAUUCGCCGACGCACUCCUCUUGGCUGUCCGAGGAGGUCCCGACCUCCUUCACUCUACGCAAAACGCCUAUUUUGCCCAGCAAACAACGUCCCGCCCCUUCCUCCGUGUCUUCCAAUCCAUUGUCACGGAAGACUUGCUUGACAUUGUGCAGAAUGCCGAUUUGAGCGAGUGGAAGGCUGCUUUCGUCGUGCUUUGCACCUUUGCCAAGGACGGAGAGUUUGCAAACCUUGCCGAACAGCUUGGUCAGAGGUUGCAGUUCAGGUGGAGAGUUCUCUCUGGCUCCGACAGCCCAGAGGCAAAGGAGGGGGCUCAGGUCGCCCGACAGGACGCCACCUUGUGCUACUUGGCUGCCCAGAAGCUUGAAAAGGUGAUCUCAAUCUGGCUUGACGAGAUGACCGAGGAGGAAGAGGCUGUCGAGUCCACCCAGUACACCUCUCACGCCCAGGCCCUUCAAUCAUUCAUCGAAAAGGUGUCUGUGUUUAGCGCUGCUACUGGCUACGUUGACGAAGAUCUUGCGACCCCUACCCAGUCCGCCGCCGCCGCCGAGGCUGGUGCUCGCACUUACAAGCUUGCUGGCCUGUACGACAGGUACUACGAGUACGCCGACUUGCUCGCUACUCAGGGCCUGGUGGAUAUUGCUGCCAAGUAUGUCAAGAAGACGCCCGUAGACUACAAAGGCUUUGGUGGAACCGGUGGUUUCGACAAGGCAAGGGAGAGGGUGCUCUGGGCUGCAGAUGAAAAGACGACUGCUGUCAGCUCUAGCAUCGGCCAGUCUUCCAAGGCUGGACCUUCGAGGAGUGCUGGCAGGUACAUCCCUGCUCAGCCUGCUUUCGCUGCUUCAGCGUAUGGUCAGUCUAACGGGCCUUAUGGCGCCCCUGCCCAGCAGCCUACGUACCAGCAAGCUCCUGUCGCGAGCAGGAGCGUCUAUCAGCCUUCCAACGCCUACGCACCUCCUGCUCAACCCACACAGGCUUAUGAGAACAAUCCUUAUGCCCCUGCUCCUUCCUCUUACCAAACCAACGCUCAGAAUCCCUCCGCGCCCAACGGUUACGGAUCUACUCCUUACGGUGUGCCCCAGCAAUCUUACAACCGACCCCAGGUUGUCCCUCCUCCUCCCCGCGUUGGGCAAGCUAGCGGACCCAUCUCUGCUUCCGCGUCUUCUCCUCCUGUUGUCCCCGGAUCUCAGCGAAGGGAUGUGCCUGGCUGGAACGACGCCCCCACUCUGGUACCCAAGCGACCACAGAGCGCAGCCAAGGAAGUGAAGAGUGCCGCCAUCAUGAGCCCCUUCCCCAAUGCCUCGCCUGAUCCUCUCGCGGCUGCCGGUGGUGGCUUGGGUGGUCCUAGUGGUCCAGGUGUCAUGUCGCCGCCCCCGAUGGGUGGUGCCAGAACACCGGUUGGAAUCGCACCACCGCCCAAGGGUGCUAGACCACCCAGUGCUGCUUCCAAGGCCAAGAUCCAGCCUCCUCCCACUGCCCAACAACAGCAGGCGCAACCACAGCCCCAGUAUUCACAGCCUCCCCAACAUCAGCAGCUGUAUCAGCAACCGCCACCCCAGCAACAGCAGCAUUUUGCUCGUCCCCCUCCGGCGCAAGCUGGCCCGCCACCUUCCACUCUUUCCCGCCCUCCUCCGGGAGUUCGAGCUGGGCCUCCUCCCGGAACACUUGCAGGCCCUCCCCCACCUGGAAGGGUGCUCUCUCCGUUGAAUCCAGCCAGAGUAACGUCACCACCUAACAUCUACGGAGCUCAGCAGGGGCAACAGGCGGUGUACGGUCAGCAGGGGCAGAGUCAGGCGAGACCACCACCUCCCCAGUUCGCCAGGCCACCUUCGAGGCCUGCGACUGGUCAAGAAAAAGCUGUCAGACCUCCGCCUCCGGGGUCUAGGCUUGCUGGGCCUCCCCCUCCUGGCAGAUCGUAG